AUGGCCGACGACCUCAACCCCACGGGCCCUUCGCAGCCUACCCUCAAUCAAGCCUACACCACUCCUGGAAACCCAGUCACGCACAACCCCGCCGAGCGCGCGGCGGCGAGCGUCACUGCGCGCAGCAACGCGGACUCGCCCGUCGUCGACCAGCGCAUCCCGACCAAGCAGACGGCGAGCGUCGACGAGGCAACCGAGACGUCGCUGGGCCGCGGCUUGCGCGCGCCCGGCCGCCCCGGCGAGGAGGCUAAGGGCCUACGUGAGGAAGAUGUUGGCCGCCACACGGAGCUCGACGCGGAGCAGAUGGCCGCGCCGGGAGAGGGUCGCGUGGCCGAUGCGGUCAUGGGCGGCGCAGGCAAGACGGGGUCGGGCGGUACUGAGCCUGGGUUGGAGAUGGAUCUGGAUAGGAAGAAGGCGGAGCAGGCACCGUUGAGGGAGGCGAUCAAGGAGCAGAGGGCGCACGAUGUCGAUGUGGGAGGUGUGCUAGGACAAAGAGGAGGACCAGCGAACCCCGUGGACAAGAACAACUACCCGAACACUUCCAGCUGA